CGCUGACGUAACACACCACCCUGACGUCACUUUUCCCUGUGUGGCGUGACACAGAGCAUGAGUCUUGGGCCUCUUUGUCCCUCCUGACCAGGGUGUAUGAACUGGCAGCAUGUCCUCACCCCUUCGGAGCAAGUCCUCCGCUCCGCGAGUGCAAAGCCACAAAGAGACGUCUACGGUCCGCGUGGAGACAUCUUCCCACUACGAGGAAACGUCAUCCCACCGCGUGGAGACGUCCUCCCGGCAGGUCCGAACGUCUUCGCGGCAGGUGGAGACCUCCCAGAGCCACCGAGAGGGGCCUUCCCUCAUUCCCUCCGCGAAGCGACAACCUCGAUUCCUCGAGGUGUCCUCCCAGCACGUGGAAACCUCCUCACAGCGCACGGAAACAUCCUCCCGCCACGUCAGGACGUCGUCAUCCCUGCGGAUGGAGACUACUAUGCACCGUGUAGAGAGCCCAGCCAGGCGGGACAAGCAAGCCUCUCGCCAGAGUGCCAAAAUGGCUCGAUGAAUGCUACCCAAAGGCCAUGGCCUUUAGCCAGGACUGAAGAGUUGCCAGCCAGCCAGCUUCCAGCAGAGCCAAGCAUCUUUGCGCUAUGGAAACAGCGCAUAAAUCAGUGUAAGAAACAGUCUGUGGUUUCUGGACGCUGUCAACAAUUAUUGGCAUUGCAGCGCCUUAGGCCAUCCUGCUAUU